CCUUUCUCUCAAGUGACUGACUACAUUGACUGCGACGACGCCGACUGCGGUCGAGCGACCAUACACCGGCUCGAAGACGGGUGGUGAUGGAUCCGGAGGUAGGCCAGCGCGGGGCGGACACGGACGCGGGCGAGUUCGGGAGCGACGACGGCGAGUCGGUCCUGUUGUCGGACGCAGUGGUGCAGGCGCUUGAGAGCGCAGAGCGGGAUGCAUUUGGGCGUGAGAGCCCCGUCAGCGCCGCCUCCGACGCGUACGACGAGAUGUUCACGGACAGCUUUUCAGACGAGUGGAUGCACGCGUGGGCGCGCCUUGAAGCGCCAUGCGAAACACCCACAUGUACCCCCACCUUGGAUUCGGAGCCACCAUCUUCUCUUCCGCCCAGCAGUAGCAUUGCACCUUCCUGCGAGUCUCAGCCGCCUCUUCCAUCGUGCGAUUCCGGCCCCACGGAGUUCGACGACAUGUUUUUGGAUGAUUAUACGGACCAGUGGCUGCGUGCCUGCUCCGUCCUUGAAGCACUGGGUGCCGCCAAAGGAUCGUCCGUGGUUAGUCGUCAGGGUUCCGGAAUUGAGAGUCAAGAAGAUGUCCUAUCAGAAGGACAUCCUGAGAUCUCCACCACAUUGCCCUUGCAGUUAGAGACAGCAGACCACUGCAGCAGGCUGGACGAUCAUAGUCUCUCCGACCAACAAGCUCGAAUCCACUUCCGUCGUCGCCAGCACAAGCUCCUGAGGACCAAAAAACGACUGCUGACGGGUAUUUUCUAUGUGUCUGUCUUGUACUUUCCUACAGCUUGUGCCAGUUCACCCCCUGCAAUGCCUCUCGCCCGGGACUUGGCCGAGUACGACACGGUACACGCGAACCGUCAAACUCCGAUCGAUAUACCCAAGGUUCCCAUAGACAUGGACGAUGUUGAACGUCAUGUCCCCCAGAUAGGUGAGCGCUCUUUCGACAAGGAGAAGCUCUUCUACAUAGCCAAACACAGUGUUGGCUCGACCGGCGGCCAAGUCGAUCCAGCCCUCUCGGGGCAAGAGAUUUCUGAAAAUCAACUGCCCGACAACCUUACUUCUCUAGCGAACUUUCCUCAAUCCGAGAAUAUCUCCAGUGAAAUCGUAGCAGCCCCUGAGCCGGUGUUUUCAAUCGAUUGGAUGCAAGACAUUCCCAGACCGCACAGCCCUGAUUCGCCGUACUUGAUACACAGACGCUAUCGGAAUUAUCGCAGCUACAUCCGGGAUCGUCAGAAAACGUCAGUACCAGCCCAGACGACUCAAACGACACCAUCCGUCCCGGCUCCAAAAAUCCCCCCUCACGACAUCGAGAUCUGCGCGUUUUUCGGAAUGUUUCCGAAGUGCAGGUUCAUACCUGGGAAGCCGUACACGCAGAUGGUCGAGGAGCUUAUCUUGGCAUAUCGCAUGAACGCGCAGGACGCGCGACAUGCCCGGGAGCAGCUGCAGGGCAUUCUGAACCGGCGAUCCAUGGCACUCACGAGCGCGCGCAAUGUUCAUAGUAGACGCUCGAGCAGCAGUGAUUGGUUGACAAAACCGGCUCUGCAUGUUGCAGAAGAUGACGAGCGUCAGUACACUCGUGCCAUACUCGCCGCAUCGCCUUCGAAGAAACGCAAGACCUCAUACGAGACCGACCGAAUGCCGAAAAAGCCUCGCCUCAGGCUCUUCGCUGUCGCAGGUCCGGUUUCAGAAACUCACAGGGAUAAUCAAACCAGUGAUCCAUUGGCCGAGUUCUUUGCCGAGUAUCCGGCGUUCAAGUACAACCCACGAUCGCCCAUUUCAGCGCAGUACCAAGCCAUGUGUGGAAUGUACGGCCUCAGGAAACCCGCCAAGUUUGUGAUAGAGAGCCCCAGUCAGAGAGCGCAACGGGAAAAAGUGUGGGAGCGCUACCGAAUCGCGAUGGGGCGUGCGUUUGCACAUCAGUUUGGAAGGGACGCGUACGAUCUGCGCAACUGGCAGGGUCUGUGUGUCGUUCUCGACAUCUCGCCGGUCCCAGGGACAAUCGAGGGUUGUAAGAUAGAAAUCCGGGCCCUGCAUGUGAACAUCGUCGAUCUACUAGAUACCGGACGCACCGGCCGGCCGGUCCGGAAGUUUGAAUCUGAGGCGGCGCUUGCGAAGUACACUCGGGAGCAUAGAAAGAUUUUUCCGAAGCAAGAGGCAGAUACGCUGUUAUCGCAUCUCCUGAGAUUCCUGGCGCAGUACUGGCCCGGUGUUACGCGCCGGUAAUCUAUCUUUAUAUUCUCUGUAUAAUGUAUAUAGGCUAUUUCUAUGUGCUCGUUAUCGACCUCGUCAGUCGGCUGUGUACACAAGAACAGAAUCGCGCCACUAAAUCAAAA